AUGGCAGCAAAGCUCUGGAUUACCAUAUUAUCUCUCUUCUCCAUCUUCUUCGCCGCACUGUCAAAUAACCUGACCCUAAAUCUCGAGCAAAUAACCUUCGGGCAUCCAAUCUGCAGGUCCCAAAUCGCGCUGGUGAACUUCGCGUGUGCGAUGGUGCCUAUACUCCCGAUGCCGCAGUCGGAAGAUGGAGAUGAGGGUAGUGGAUCGCACCGGCACAGGCACCGGCAUAGGCACAAGCAUAAGCAUGGGGUUCAUGAGAGACCGGAACAACGCUACUGUUGUCAAUGGCUGAAGCAGAUCGAUUCUUUGUGUGUGUGUGAGAUCCUGGUUCAUUUGCCGCCUUUCCUUUGGAAGCUUAAUCAUAAGUACACCGUCGUUGUCGACGAAAAAUGCAGCGUCACCUACUUAUGCCAAGGUCGAUGGCGACUGUGA